AAAUUAUCAUAUUUGGCAUAAUUAUACAAAUAUUUAAAUAUGUGAGUAACAUUAAAAAUAUAUAGUAAUUAUGUAAAACAAAUAUCUAUAAUAUAAAUGUAAAAAUAUAUUUCCGCACGGUUGUGCGCAUGGAAAUCUAGUCUAUACUAUUAAAAAGGAAUCAUUCUGAAAAAAUCUACUUAAAAAAAGUUGUUGCACCCUUUUCUUAGAUUUAAAUAUUUUUUUGGUCUUAUCUUGUAUAUUUGUAACAAUAAGUUAGUCAAUAACAUUAUACCAUAGAUUUGCCUAUAUUUACUCCUUCCCUUUUUUGAGUUAUCAUAUAAUUGACCAAAUAUUUCUCUAAGAUUACCUUAGUAAAUUAACGUAUUAUUCAAAAUGGUUUGGUCGACUAAAACACAAACUAAAACAAUAAUUGUAUCAACUCUCCAAUAAAUUAUUAUGUCACCCGUCAUUUUAACAGCUUGAAUAAUGUAUUUACGUUCAGAAAAUGCAUACAUAAAAUCACAUUGUUAUCACAUUUUGAUUCAUUAUAUAAGUAGAUUUAUGUUUCCAUACUUUUAACAUGUUAGCAUCAUACUAUAUGGGUUUAUCUGGUAUAACACAAACUACAGUAAUUACUAUGUUUACUUUGUUUUCUAAACGAUGAUAAAACUCAAAAAAAAAAUUGAGAUCAACAGAGAUGAUUUGAAUAAACUGUAAAAAAGCUCAUGUUGGUAUGAUAUGGAACAAAUCGUAACAAACCAUUUAACUAUAAUAAUUUAAUAUAAAGCUUAAAAUCUACUAUUACCUUAUUGAUCAAAUAAUUUCUUAUAAUUUUUAGAUGAUUGAAUAUUUGAAUUUAAUUGAGAUCUUUAGAUAUGAUUUGGAUUUUAUUUAAACUAAGAUUACUGGAUCUUACCAAAUAUCUAACAACUUUGGUAAACGUAACUCUACUAAUAUACUUGCAUCAUCUCAUUAUUUUUCAAUAUACAGAAACAUAAAAUAUAUGUGAAAUAUAGUCUCAUAUUCAUUAUAAAUGAAAUAGACCAAAAUAUACACAUAUAAACUUCAAACUACCACAAAUUUUCUAUAAUUAAUGAAGAUUUGCCACGGUUUAGUAUAAAAUUUAAAGAAGUUAUUGUAUCAUCAAAAUCAAACAGGCUUGGACAUUUUACCCGGACCGAAAAUCUGAAACCGGAACUGAUUCAAAAAUAUUCGAUCCGAAACCAAACCGAAAAUUUAAAGUAUGGAUUGGAUCAGAAAUUGUUCUAUCCAAAAGAACCAGAACCAAAAAAAAAAACAAAUAGACUCGACAUGAUAAAAACCAAUUAAUAACUGACUUAAAAACAUGAAUAUUCAAAACUAUGAUUUUUUGUGUUCUAUUUUCUAUAUUUAUUUUAUGAUUUAGGUAAAAUAUCUUUUUACAAACAACCUUUGUUAUUAUUUUGUUACAUUUUCAAGUAAUAUGAAGCUUAAAAUGUAAAAUCUAGAGUUUAAAAAUAUUUUAUUUUAAUUAUUAAUCAUUUAUUUUAAGUUAUUUUGUAAAAUUUUAAAUAUAUAUACCAAAUUUCGACUAAAUUUUAUAGGGUUUGGGUAUAUCAUGUACUUUUAAGAUCCGAAAAUACAUGAAUUCAAUUUGGAUCCGAAAGUUAAGAGUAUUGUACAUGUAUUUUAAUUAUAGACCAGAACCAAUCCAGACCUGAGAAAAACAGACCCGAAUCCGAGAAGAACCGAUCCAAACCCGAAAAAAAAUUACGAAUACUUAUUGGAUCCAAAUUUCUAGGAUCCAGACCCGAAAAAAUUUGAACCAAACCCAACCCAAAGACCCAAACGUCCAGGCCUAAGUUUAUGAAUGAGCAUCCGGGUACCCAUCUGGGUACGAAUCAGUUCUUUAGAGUAUUAGAGUUUUGAGUUUUUGGGUAGGGUUCGAGUCGGUCCUCUCAGAUACAGUUAUGUUCGGUUCUGAUGUAUAUAAACCUGAAAAUAACCAAAUAACCAAUGUAUCUGAAACACGUUUGUCAUGUUUGUAAUACUUGAAUCGGCCUGAUUUUAAAAUUAUAACUAAUAUAUAUUUACAUUCUGGAUAUCUUAGAAUACUCAUUCGGUUUUCGGUUUAGGUUGUGUAAUUUUUUUUUUUUUAAAUCCGAAUUCUUCGAGUCCUCGACAUUUGGAUCCAAUUAGGUAUUUGAAAUAUUUUCGGUUAUGGUUCCUUUUGGAAUCGAAUCAAAUCGAGUCCAUAAUUCAAGUAACCCUAAAAUACAUGUAAUUUAGGUACGUAUAAUAGUCUAGGUCAAUUUGGAUAUUUAGGAGUAAAUUUUUUUUUUUAAGUAUCCGAAAAGCCGAAAGACAAAAAAUACCUAAAAUAUUAAUUCAUAUCCAACUUUAUUUAUAACCCAAACAAAAUUCGCGCUUUCGAAGCGCGGAUCAAAAUCUAGUAAUAGUAGUUAAAACACCUCCAACGGUGACAUUUUAUGGGUUUCUUAAUAAUUAAAAAAAAAGAGAAUGAUAAGAGAGAGUAGAAAAGUUCUAAUACUAGAUGUUUUUAAAUACCCUUUAAAACUAUCUUGCACACAUGUCACCAUACAAAUGAAUUUACUUUUUAUCAAACAUUAUGAUUUAUUUAAAUAAAUAAAUUCUGAUAAAUUAUUAGUUUUAUUUAAAUUAGGACCUUAGUGCACAAUCCCAACCGUUGAGGUUGCUCUUAGAAAACUACUUUCACUCAUCUCUAUUUUUCUAAAAUAGAAAGUACUAAUUUUUCUCUUUUAUAUUUAGUGGAAAAUAAUAAUUUUUAUUUUUACUAUAUAUUUUGAUCAAUGUUAUUUUAAAGUACUAUAUAAUUUGGUACCAAUGUUGAUAUGAUGGUAUUUUUAGUUGGGAUGAGUAAAUGAAAAUGAAUAACAUGCUAUGUCGGAAGACGGUCCCCUAUGAUUUAACGUAAACUAGGCUGUAUAAUUUAUAUUACUUUUACGAUUGUGAUUAGUCGUUGUCAGAGAUUUAUUUGCUUUUAAUAAUUGUAUGUGAUUAUAACUUUUUCGGAUUGGGGGGAAUCAUGUUCAUAAUAUCGCAGUGUGUGAUUAUUCAUGAAAGUGAUAUAGGAUAAAAUAAAUUUGUUUAGCAUAUACUUUAUUUAAGGGGGUGAUAGAUGAUUGAAGUUACUGCUUUCAAAGACUGUUAUUUUCGAAUUUAUGUUGUUAAGAAAGUGUAAAUUGAGUGAUAAUUAUGCCCAAAUAAUAUUUGUUUGCGUGUCGGCAUUUUAAUAUUUAACGAGUCAUCUUCAAUCACCAACCAGUCAACAUUGUACCCUUUACAAAAUACUUGAUUCAGAUUAGGUGCUAAUAGCUCCUUGUAAUAACUUUAGUGAUAAAAUCCUCGUAUCAUGUAUAUCCAACUAAAAAUCUCAUGACACCUUUCCAAAGAAUAUCUAUCAUUUUAAAAAUCAUUAAAUAUUAAUCUUUCAAUCAUAUGAAAUAAAUUGUGGAAAAAUCUAGCAUUCUAAAGCAUCACAAUACUGAUUUUGUCUUAAAUAUGGAUAUAAAGGCAUAUUAUUAGCCUAGCCUAUAGUCUAUUAUUUCUUAAUAAUAUACUGAAACUAAAUCUCUACAAUAUACUGAAACUACACAUCUCUACAUUUAUUCUCUUAAAGAGUAAAAUUAUUUAUAAUUGGUAUGGAGAGAAUAAAUAAAACUCUUGUAGUUGACGACAUAUAUAAAUCAGUAAGAAAUUAUCGGCAAAUGAACAGUAAGCAUCAAACUAAUUAACAUAACUAAAGAUAUUGAUGUUGGAAAAAAAAUUAAAGAUAUUGAUACAAGAUAGUGGUACAAAAAUAGAGAAAGAUCAUUAAAAUAGAAAAAGAUAAGGACCUUUUAAACGAUAUAUAUAUGUAAAAAUCUAUCAUGGUUUAAACUCUUGUAGUUGACGACAUAUAUAAAUUUAUUGGUAAAAAACUAUGACAGUUUCUAAAAGAAAAAAUAUUAGUAUUAUAAUCAUGUAUUUAUUUUUAAUUUUCUUUAAAUAAUAGAACCAAUAAUCAAGUGACAAAUAUUUAUUUGGAGUUCUUAAAAAUAUCUUAAAAAUUCCCAAAUGAAUUUUUUUUGUCUCUUUUCUUUCAUCAGUUUUCAUUAAUUUUAAAUUUUUUUUAUUUUGAGAUAUUGUGUUUAGAAUUUGCAUAUGGGCAUGCUCUAAUGCAUUCAAACAAUUUCUUUUACCCAAUUCUCACAAUUCUAUGCAUUAUAUUUUUCAUAGUUUAUAAAACAUUAAAAUACAAAUAUUUGGUAUAAAUUACAAGACUUAAUUCAAUUUUGUUUCCAGUAACAAAAAAAAAGUCAAUUUUGUUUCAUUAUUGUUUCUGACGUAUUUUCACAAUUUUUGCAUGUUUCUGACGUAUUUUCACAAAUUUUUGCAUGUUUCUGAUCUAAUUGUUUUGGUAUAAGGUACUUGUUGUUACAUGGAAGGUCGGAAUUAAGGAGAAUAAUCGAGAAGAGACAUCAAACAAUAACAAAACUUAUAUUCUAAACCCACUUCCACCAAAAGUAUGUAGACAAGUUUUAAGUGAAACUUUGGUUUGGUGGGCGGAGGAAUAAAUAAAGCUGAACAUUUGUAUAUGAUCAAUCUCUCUCAUCUGUAAUUCGAUUUCACGAUGAAGGAACAUAUAAUGCAUGUAUGCAUCUUUCUGUCAAUCAUUUAGCUCACACUUUUAGUUCAGUUUUUCCUUUUUCGAUACUUGUUCCUUAUUUCCAAUAACAUUUUUUGUCUAAUUUUCGUUGCCGAUAUGUAUCAUAAUUCCUCCAUUCAAAAGACAUAUAUAUUUUUUUGACAACUAAAAGAAAUAGUAUUAAGUGUUAGAAAUUAAUAGAUUGAAUAAGAAGUACGGAACACACGCAUCGGCACAAGCCCUAGCCUUUCCUUGGCAAAAAGACAAGAUUUCCGCAAAUCAUUAUAUAAUAUUCAGUAAUUAACCAAGACAGAAAUGGUCAUUUUAUGUGUUGAGAAUAUAGUUCUCUUGAAUUAUAUACUAAUCUUCUCCUUUUCACUUUCAGAAAAAUUCUAUAUAUCUUGUACCUCUUUCCAAAUAUGUGUUUUAUAUAGUAACAACGUUAGCGUUAAGGUUCGCAGUUACCUGUCUAUGGGAUAAGUAAUUGAAUAAGAUGAUAUUCGCCAAUCAUGAGAUACUUUGAUUAUUUUUUAAUUUUAUUUUGUAAUAACUAUGGGCAAUAUAUCGUCCAUCCACAGUAACUAAGAGCAUAUAAGUUUUCUUGACAUCAAGAAUAUAUAAGUUUAUAAGUUUAGACUAUAGUAAUUGAAUGGUAUCUUAAUAUAUUACUAUACAUAUGAACUUAUGUCAAGACACUACGUACUCGAAUACACUUACAAUAAUUAAUUAAGAAGUCAUAUAGAGAUUACAGAGAUGCAUAGUAAUAUACCAAGACACUAUUCGAAUAGCCUUACAAAUACAACAAAAAAAACAAUUAAAAGGGUAAAUUCGUGAACUAACCAAGUUCUCGAUAAUCAUUAAGUAUAUAGCACCUAUAAUUGGAAAAUGAAGUGAAAACUAAAAUCAUUGUAUUCUUUUUUAUCUUUCCAGCUAUGAGCAGAAAAUUGUUAUACCAUUUGAUUAUUAUUCUAUUUUUUGAGAUAGCUAGUAUAAAUACCUAAUAUUAUACUAUAAAAUAUAUGAAUAUAUAUUGAUAGUUUCUUAAAUAAGAUUAAAUUAGACUGAGUAAUGAAAGAAAUUUAUGGGUAGACAACACAGAUAAAUGAUUGAAUACAUGCUAAAUUUUCAGAAUCUGAUUUUCCGAAUUGUAUAAAACUAGUAAAAAAUAGUAUAAACUUACUAUAGAAACUAUAAGAGAAAAUAUAUUAUUUUAUAAAUAUAUCAACGAAAAGAAUAGAACAACAAUAUGUUCUAUAUACUAUGACGAAAAAUUUAAUAACUAUUUAUUUAUUUAUUUAUUUUUAUCUGAUUAAAAAAAUUCAAAUCAUGUUAUAUAUAUUAAAAUAUUAUACUCUUUUCAGUUGAAUCUUCAAAUUGAUUUAUUAUAGAGCUUAGAAACUAUUUAGGAAAUAAUAUUGAAGGGGAAAGAAAUAAGUAAAAGAUAAAAAUAAAUAAAGAAAUAGUAAUAUAGUCUAUAAUAUAGAAAUGAUGAAGAAGAAUUUUUGUUUGAUUAGUUAAUGAAUUAUAAUUUGUUUAAUGUAUACAUGAUGCAAUUUCCCUAAAUACAGAGCAUGUCUUUUUCCUUUAAAAAGAAAAAAAUAUUGAGGAAUGCAUCCAUUUGUCAUCGAAAUAGGCUGAUACUCUAACGAAUACACAAUUUAUUUUUAUUUUUGUAGCAUUGUACAGAAUUCAUGUCCCUUACGUUGCAGGUUCCCAUCAUUUCUAUAUAUAUUCUCUUAUCUUUUAUACUUCUCCUUUUUGAUGUAAUGUGGAAUUAAUUAUCAAUAUUCUCUCUUCCCCUCCCCUAUAUAUAUGCUCACAUUUUCCACCAUUUCAGUAUUGCAUUGCCACUCAAAUUACCUAACAAAAGAAGCAAAUUAAAAGAUCAAUAUUUUCUCAGGAAGUAUUCCCCCCCCCCCCCCCCCAAAAAAAUAUAUAUAUAUAUAUAAAAAAAACAUAAAUGCAGAGGCAAGUGGCACUCAUUAAGCAGUCCCUCUUUGAUCAGGGAUUUCUCGACGAACAAUUCAUGGAGUUAGAAGAGCUCCAAGAUGAUGUAAACCCUAAUUUUGUUGAAGAAGUUGCCACAUUAUACUUCAAAGAUUCAGCUAGGUUAAUCAAUAGCAUUGACCAAGCGCUGGAAAGAGGAUCAUUUGAUUUCAAUCGGCUGGAUAACUACAUGCAUCAGUUUAAGGGCAGCAGCAGCAGCAUUGGUGCGAGUAAGGUGAAAACUGAAUGCACUAUGUUUAGGGAAUACUGCAGAGUUGGAAACGCCGAAGGAUGCUUGAGGACUUUCCAGCAAGUGAAAAAAGAGCACGCAACGUUGAGAAAGAAGCUUGAACAUUAUUUCCAGUUGGCAAGACAGGCGGGGCCUAAGGAGACAGCACGUAGGUCCAAGUAAGAGAGAGAGACAUUUGAGGAAUCGUCAGCGAUUUUUAUACUAGAAAUUACUAAUAAAAACAGUUCCUCAAUGUACGUUAUAAAGAAGAUCUUGGAUUUUAAUAUUAUGUAUGUUAAUAAACGGUCCAAACCUCUCCUAAAUUUUUUCCUUAUAUGGCCAAUAUUCUCCUUAGAGAUCAUAUAUUCAAGAUUACCUCUUAUUCG